UCCCAGCUCCGCAAGGAAGGCCUGCGCUCGCUAUGAGCUUCUUGAAGCGCAUCCCGGAGCCGAGUGAGGGGAUCCGGCUGCGGCAGCCCGAUACGGAGGCCGUGCUCGGGGGACGGGGCCUGGGCACCGGCAGCCUGUUCAUCGCCGAGAGUCGGCUGUCAUGGAUAGCGAAUUCAGGCCUUGGGUUCUCAUUGGACUAUCCCAUCAUAAGCUUACAUGCCAUCUCCAGGGACUUGAAUGCCUACCCGUGGGAACAUUUGUACGUCAUGGUCAAUGCAAAGUUUGAAGAAGAAGGAUCCAAAGAAACCCCUGUAGCGGAGGAAGAAGAGGAGGAGAGUGACGAUGAGUUUGAGCCCAUCUCAGAAUUCCGAUUUGUACCCAGUGACAAAUCAGCGUUGGAAGCCAUGUUUUCUGCCAUGUGUGAAUGCCAAGCCCUGCAUCCCGACCCAGAAGAUGAAGACUCAGACAACAAUUACGAUGGUGAGGAAUACGACGUGGAGGCUCACGAAAUCGGUCAAGGUGAUAUCCCGUCCUUUUACACGUAUGAAGAAGGCUUGUCGCAUUUAACGGCUGAGGGUCAGGCUACCUUGGAGAGAUUGGAGGGCAUGCUGGCCCAGUCCAUCAGCUCUCAGUACCACAUGGCUGGGGUACGAACGGAGGAUUCUCUCCGGGAUUUUGAAGAUGGAAUGGAAGUGGAUGCGGCACCAGCAGUCACGGGACAGUUCGAAGAUGCGGAUGUUGAUCAUUAAGGAAGAUUCUCUUGGCGUUUCCAAAGCAGGCUUCCCAAGAUUGACAGCGUGACAACGAUCAUUACCAUUCCUCUAUAAGACUGAAACACGAAGAGUGUAAAUGGUUUUGUAGCUCUGCUUAUAAAAAAUGAUCUGACUCAUGUGUUUGUGUCUGUGUGUAUGUCUGUGUGUGUGUGUAUACACACACACACAUCCACACACACACACGAAAUUAUAAUUCCUUGGCUCUGGUAGAAUUAAUCAUGGCUUACUGUUGGAAAGCCUUUACUAGAGGGUAAGGAAUAGAGUUGUAAUGUAGAACAGAAUUCUAGAUUGUUCCAGGACCUUUCCCAUGUUUUGUGUCUGUCUGACCACAGCCAAUUUCACAGAAGAAUUAUUGUGCUUUAUCUAAAGUGACUAGAGCUUGACAGAGGUCAAGGAAAUUGUGAAAAUCGUGCACAGAAUUGAGUCAGUCUCUCAGAGAAUCUUGUAUUAUGCUUCUAAGGGCCCGUUUUGGCAUUCAGCAGAUGGUUCUGCGCUACAGAUAAAUAAUCUUGUAUCUCUGCUAUAGUUAAAAAUGAAAUGGUUCAAUAAAUAUAAUUUUUAUAUCUUA